AUGAGGAUCCUAUGCCUUCACGGCGUCGGCAGCUCUGGCGCCAUCCUUGAGAGCCAGCUGCGGCCAUUCAUGCGCGCCGUCGACCCGUCGUAUGAAUUCGUCUUCGUCGAUGGGCCCGUACAGUCACCUCGCGGUCCGGGCAUGGGCGCCUUCCACGACGGCCUCUUCUUCUCCCACACGAGUUCCUACUCGCCAACCGGCAUGUCGGACGCGCUCUCGCACCUCAGCGACGUCAUCAGCGACCUGGGCCCGUUCGACGGCGUUCUCGGCUUCAGCCAGGGCGCCGCGCUGGCGCUCUCGUACCUGCACCAGCAGCAGUCGCGGCGGGAGCCGGCGCCGUUCCGGUUCGCGCUGUGCUUCUCGUCGGUGAUUCCGUGCUCGGCCGAGUCGGAGCACUGCCACGGCAUCGUGCAGCGGCUGUGCGCGCUGCCCGAGGGCAGCCGCAUCACGUCGGCGUACCCGGACGCCGCCGCAGAGGGCCUGGAUGCUGACGAGGCGCUGUUCGUCGAGCUGCUGCGCCGCACCAUCCUGCCCGCCAAGAAGCACAAUGCCAUGCUGCCCGACUACGACAUCGGCGUGUAUACCGACGGGGACGGCUUCGACGCGCCGCGACUGAUGGCCGGCGGGCUGCUGGCCGAGAAGGUGGCGAUCCCGACGGUGCAUGUGACGGGGAAGCGGGAUCACGACUUCAUGCGGAACAUGGCCGAGGUGGCGUACGGGAUUUGUGACGCGAGGCUGAGCAGGAGGCUGGAGCAUGCGGGCGGCCAUCAGCCGCCACAGAAGGAUUCCGAGGUGAAGGCGGCGGUGAGGGCAAUGGACUGGGCCAUCAGGCUGUCUGAGAGAACGGCGAAUCUGCGUUUGUGA